AUGGAAGUGGAAUCCGGUGUUAGUGAAGUUUCGAGUGCUCUUUUUGACGAUGAUGGAAGGCCCAAAAGAACAGGUACCGUGGGGACAGCGAGCGCACAUAUCGUAACGGCAGUGAUAGGGGCUGGGGUGCUGUCUUUAGCAUGGGCCAUGGCCCAGUUAGGAUGGAUCCUUGGCAUUUCAUGUAUCUUAAUCUUCGCCUGUGUUACGCUCUACACUUCCAAUCUUGUAGCCGAUUGUUAUAGAUCACCAGACCCUGUCACUGGCAAGAGGAACUACUCUUACAUGGAGGCUGUCAAAACUCACUUAGGUGGAAAAAUGUAUGUGUUUUGUGGAUUGGUCCAGUAUGUUACCCUUGCUGGGUGUGCAAUUAGCUACACAAUAACAACAUCUAUAAGUGUGGUGACAAUACAAAAAACCAAUUGCUUCCACAAGAAUGGGAUUGGAGCUCCGUGCCGUUUUUCUAAUAAUCCAUACAUGAUUAGUGUUGGAAUUGUUGAAAUCAUUUUGUCCCAAAUCCCCAGUUUUCACAAGCUGUCUUGGCUCUCAAUCUUAGCAGCUAUCAUGUCUUUUGGGUACGCAUUCAUUGGUAUUGGACUUUCUCUUGCAACCGUUAUCCAAGGGAAUGGAAGGAGUACCUCUUUUUUAGGGGGCAGCAAGAGGCAUGGUUCAGCAGACAGAUUGUGGAAUAUGCUCGUUGCACUUGGAAAUGUUGCACUUGCCAGUGCCUAUACUCUAAUUGCCAUAGAUAUACAGGAUAGUUUAAAGUCAUCACCCCCAGAAAAUAAAGUGAUGAAGAAGGCAAACAGUAUAGGUAUAUUCACGAUGACAGUUAUCUUCCUCUUGUGCGCAUCUUCUGGAUACGCUGCAUUUGGUUCAGACACUCCUGGCAGCAUCCUCAUGAGCUCUGGGUUUCAUAAACCUUUCUGGCUAGUGGACUUGGCCAAUGUCUUCAUCAUAGUGCACCUAGUUGGAGCAUAUCAGGUAUUUAUCCAACCUUUUUAUCGUGGAGUUGAAAUGUUGGCCUUCAAGAAGUUUCCAAGUUCAAAUUUUGUAACAAGAGAGAAUCAUGUGAGCAUUGGGAAAUUGAAAUUCAGCAUCAAUUUGUUUAGGCUAAUUUGGAGGUCCAUAUUUGUGGUGGUGGUGACUGUGAUGGCCAUGGCAAUGCCCUUUUUUAAUGACAUGAUUGCCCUUCUUGGGGCCAUUGCGUUUUGGCCUACAGUGGUAUAUUUUCCAGUGGAGAUGUUCAUUGUCAAACAGAAGAUAAGAAAAGGAACAAUUCGAUGGUUUGGACAUCAAAUGUUGAGCUUUGUGUGCUUGCUUGUGUCAUUGGCUGCAGCAUGUGGAGCCAUUCGUGGGUUGGGUCAAUCUCUUGGCAAAUACAAGCCCUUUAUGUAUAAGGAAUAG